UUACGGAUUUAAAACCGCAAAACUAGAAUAUGUGGAGGGUGGACAUCCCACAAAGCUUAUCCCCCUCUCCCGCCUCCAUCUGAAGUGUGCGAUUCCGCGAGCUUGAACUCUAUUAGUCACCGGAGUUGAAGAGAAAGAGAACCCAUCGCCGGUUUCAAUGGCCGGUGUGAAGUUCCCCAUCUCUCUUGGCUGCAGCCAUGCUGGGAAACCUCUGACUCGAUCUAUUACUUCAAGAACACAACCAAAAUGCAGUCUUUCUGUUUCGAACGGUUGCAGGAAACAUCCAUGGCUUAUCAUUCGAAAUAGACACCUAAUUCGUAGCUUUUAUUCCAAACAUUGCACUACAAAGGGUUGGCAAAAAUUACAUUUGAGGGCAGAAAAUUUAAGAGCAUCAAUGACUGAAGAAAUAACCGAGGAAAAGCCCAAGGAUGUCUCCACAAGUGGGGAUUCUAUUCGUCAACGAUUUCUCGAUUUUUAUGCUUCACGUGGCCAUAAAGUCCUCCCUAGUUCGUCCCUUGUGCCAGAUGAUCCAACCGUGCUUCUCACUAUUGCUGGGAUGCUUCAAUUCAAACCUAUAUUUCUUGGAAAGGUCCCCAGGCAAGUACCUUCUGCUACAACAGCUCAAAGAUGCAUAAGGACAAAUGAUAUUGAGAAUGUUGGUCGAACAUCUCGUCAUCACACAUUCUUUGAGAUGCUUGGGAAUUUCAGUUUUGGAGAUUAUUUCAAGAAGGAAGCGAUUAAAUGGGCAUGGGAGCUGGCAAUCAAAGAGUUUGGUUUACCAGCCGAUAGAUUAUGGAUUAGUGUGUUUGAAGAUGAUGAUGAAACAUUUUCCAUAUGGCACGAUGAGGUGGGUGUCCCUGUGGAGCGUAUAAAGAGGAUGGGUGAAGAGGACAACUUUUGGAAUAGUGGCGUGACCGGUCCCUGUGGUCCAUGCUCUGAAAUUUAUUAUGAUUUUCAGCCUGAGAGAGGCUAUUCCAAUAUUGAUUUAGGAGAUGAUACUAGGUUUAUUGAGUUUUACAACCUUGUUUUCAUGCAAUACAACAAAACAGAAGAUGGUUUACUUCAGCCAUUAAAACAGAAGAAUAUAGAUACUGGGUUAGGCUUAGAACGAAUGGCUCGCAUCCUUCAGAAGGUUCCUAAUAACUAUGAGACGGACUUAAUAUUUCCAAUCAUCGAGAAGGCCUCCAAGUUGGCAAAUGUCUCGUAUUUCCAUUCAGAUGAUUCAGUGAAAUUGAACCUUAAGAUUAUUGGCGACCAUCUACGUGCAAUAGUUUAUCUCCUGUCUGACGGAGUUGUCCCAUCCAACAUUGGGAGAGGUUAUGUGGUUAGACGUCUCAUCAGAAGGGCUGUUCGUUGUGGGAGAUUACUUGGUAUUAAGGGAGAUGGUCAGGGUGAUCUAAAAGGAGCUUUUUUACCAAUAAUUGCAGAAAAAGUAAUAGAUAUGAGCAUUUACAUUGAUUCAGAUGUGAAAACAAGAUCAUCUAGUGUUCUUGACAAGUUGAAGAGAGAAGAGCUACAGUUUGUAGAGACACUUGAGAGAGGGGAGAAACUGCUUGCACAAAUGAUAGACGAGGCACUUUUAAGUUCUAAGGAGGAGACUCCGUGCUUGUCUGGUAAAGAUGCGUUUUUGUUGUACGAUACUUAUGGCUUUCCUGUUGAGAUUACACAAGAAGUUGCCGAUGAACGAGGUGUUGGCAUUGAUAUGAAUGGUUUUGAUAUCGAAAUGGAAAGCCAAAGACGUCAAUCUCAGGCUGCUCAUACUGCAGUUAAGCUUGUGGUUGGAGACGUUUCUGAUCUGACUGAAAAUAUAGGUGAUACUGAGUUUAUAGGUUAUGACUCGCUUUCUUCCAGGGCUAUAAUCGAGGGUCUUUUGGUCAAUGGAAAGUCGGUACUGCAGGUCUCGGAAGGAAGCGAGGUGGAAGUUUUGUUGGACAGGACACCCUUCUAUGCAGAAUCUGGCGGUCAAAUUGGCGAUAACGGUUUUCUUGUUAUUUCGGGUGGAAACCAGAAGAAAGCUGUUGUUGAGAUUAAAGAUGUGCAGAAAUCGUUGGGGAAUAUUUUUGUUCAUAAGGGCACUAUCAAGGAGGGUACUCUGGAGGUCGGAAGAGAAAUCGAAGCUGCUGUUGAUGCUAAGCUAAGGCAACGCGCUAAAGUUCAUCAUACAGCAACUCAUUUACUUCAAGCUGCACUUAAGAAGGUAAUUGGCCACGAGACAUCACAAGCUGGAUCAUUGGUCGCUUUCGAUCGUCUCAGGUUUGAUUUCAAUUACCAUAGAUCAUUGACGGAAAAUGAGCUCAAUGAAAUCGAAGGAUUAAUCAAUACAUGGAUUGAGGACGCCACAAUCUUAAAAACCAAAGUGAUGUCACUAACCGAGGCUAAAAAUUCUGGAGCAAUUGCCAUGUUUGGUGAAAAAUAUGGAGAAGAGGUGAGAGUUGUGGAGGUUCCAGGGGUGUCGAUGGAACUGUGUGGAGGCACUCACGUUCAAAACACGUCAGAGAUUCGAGGAUUCAGAAUAAUUUCUGAACAGGGAGUCGCCUCGGGUGUUAGGCGUAUUGAGGCUGUUGCUGGUGAAGCUUUUAUUGAAUAUAUUCUUGCGAGAGAUAACUACAUGAAGCAGCUUUGUUCCACACUCAAAGUGAAAGCUGAAGAAGUUACCUCUAGAGUAGACAAUCUUCUGGAGGAGUUACGAAUGACGAGAAACGAAGUCUCGUCUGCUCGUGCUAAGGCAGCAGUUUACAAGGCACUGAAUAUGGCAAACAAGACCUUUUCUGUUGGAACAUCAAUAAACGUCAGGGUUCUUGUUGAAUCGAUGGAUGACAUUGAUGCUGAUUCACUGAAGAGUGCGGCUGAAUAUUUAGUGGAGACGAUUGAAGACCCUGCUGCUAUUGUUUUGGGCUCUUGUCCAGGAGAUGGAAAGGUGAGUUUAGUGGCUGCUUUCUCUCCAUCGGUUGUGGACAUGGGAAUUCAAGCAGGAAAGUUCAUCGGUCCUAUAGCAAAGUUGUGUGGAGGAGGCGGAGGCGGGAGGCCUAAUUUUGCUCAGGCAGGCGGAAAAAAACCAGAGAAUUUGAUGGGUGCCCUCGAGAAAGCUAGAGAAGAGCUUGUUUCAAUCAUAUCAGACAAGACAAGAUGAAAAAUGGUAUGCUUCUAUUUGUGUUAGGAAAGGAAAUGAAACCAUAUUUGGUUCGGGACAUCACCCUGUUAUGACCAUGACCAUAUCAGAUUUAUCGAUAUUGAUUAUUAGACG